ACUCAUCACAAUAUAACGGGUCUGUGUAUUACUACCUGUUUAUAAGCUCUUUAUCCGUCACAAUAUAACAAUAAAAUAACACCACUGACUGGUAAUAAAAUUAUAGUGAGGAGAUAUUUUUAUCCCUUAGUUUAGUCUGACAGGCAGAGUUUGCCCGACUGGAAGCUGGAGGUGGGAUUUGUACGCUCCAGGAAGCAGCAAUCCCUGACAGUCUGAGCUCAGGGCUGUAGAGUCCCGUAAAGUUUGCAGCAGCCCUCCACGUACCCCUCCGGUGCGUUCACAAGUUGCCACGAGUGCACGGCGGCGGGAUGUGGAGGUUAGCGAUCUGCAGUCUGUGCCUCUUCGUGUCCUCACAGCUCGGUUCGUCGUCUGUUCGGGCGGCAGCAGAUGAGCUGGACGGCGAGGUGAAGACUGAAGUUUUGUUCAAGCCCGAGUUGUGCUCACCGAAGAGCAAGAAGGGAGAUCUGAUGAACGUCCACUACGAUGGGUUCCUCGCCAAAGAUGGCUCUCAGUUCUACUGCAGUCGAUCUGACAAAGCCGGGCACCCUCAGUGGUUCGUGCUGGGUGUUGGACAGAUCAUCAAGGGCCUCGACAUUGGGAUGAAAGACAUGUGUCCCGGAGAGAAAAGAAAAAUAACUGUUCCACCUGCUCUGGCCUUUGGAGAGAAAGGCAAAGACCCGGUGCCGCCCAAUGCCACGGUGAUCUUUGAGGUGGAGGUGUUUUCUGUGUCCAGGGGGCCGCGCAGCUUGGAAGCCUUCGGAAAGAUGGACCUCAAUAAAGACAGAAGUCUCACGAAGGACGAGGUGAAGGAAUACUUGAAACUGGAGUAUGAGAAAGGAGGGAAGCCACGUGACGAGGAAUUCUACGAGAAGAUCAUGGGCGAUAUUUUCUACAAGAAUGACCGCGACAAAGACGGACAGAUCAGUACGAAGGAGUAUAAUAUUUUUGAACACGAUGAGCUUUAGUGUUGGAAACAGUGGAUCUUUUUUUGUUGUCGUUGUUGUUUAUGUGCUCUGAUCAUUUAGGGAGAAAAGGGAAACAAAUCCACCGUCAGACGCUCUUACACUGUUUUUGUAUUUUGUGAACUUGGCUCAUCACCUCGACUUCAGUGAUUUGAAAGUCUCUGCUUGCGCUCUGGCCUGUCGAAGCUCCUGUGGAAGUUUAGGAUUGCAUCUUUUGCCUCCUCUGUGGUUGAUUGUGAUGAUAUCAUGUGGUCGUGUGAUUUAUUUUUAUUUUUUCAGCAUUAGCUCGUUGAUGUGAAUAAAGAGCGAAGCCUUUGUUGCCAUGAAAAGGAAAUA